CAUAAGAGAAGGAAACUAAUGAAUAGAAUAGAGGAAGUGGAAGAACAAUCAACGCCCUCACUUAUCAGAAUCUUAUUUGCCUCCGCCGUAAUAAAUUGCUCAAAAAACUCUUGGAAGCUCCGAAAUAGGCUUAGCUUUCAAGAGAACUGAUUGGAUACUUUAGAUGAUUUUUGCAGAUCAAUUCAUCUAACUAGGAAAGAGAGAGAAGAGAGGUUAAAUGAAGUAGAAAUGGAAGCCAAGGGUGCGCCUGAUGAGCUUAGAAUUCACAUACAAUGAUACAAAACAAAACUGUCACCGUUAUGUCGUCGGAGAAGCGCCUCCUCACUCCUCCGUCGAUCUCCUUCAAGUCUGAGUAUCUCAUCUCUCAAUCUGACUCUUUCUCUGCGCUUCCUCUGAUCUGAUCUGUUUGGUGAACCCGAUCGAGUUUAUUCUUCUACCGUGUGCUUCAACUUGUUGCAGUGCUUCCUUGGAGGGAACGAUGUGUUUCGUCGGACUUCUUGUCUUCUUGACGGUUGUGGCGAGGAACGACGGGAACUACGCCUUCCACGAUGCCUUUCUAUCCUCAUUUCCUCAUACCGCGUUUCUAUAAUUUCUGCGGAAGAAAUGGCUACCAACUUUUGGACAUCGUCUCAUUAUAAGCAGCUUGUAGACCAAGAAGAUGUGGAUAGGGUAAACCCACUCGACAAGGAAAAGGGUAUCACACUUGAGGAUUUUAAGCUCAUAAAGAUGCACAUGGCUAAUUAUAUCUCAAAAUUGGCUCAAAAUGUUAAAGUUAGGCAGAGGGUUGUUGCUACUGCAGUUACAUACAUGAGACGUGUUUACACAAGAAAGAGUAUGAGUGAGUAUGAUCCACGUCUGGUGGCUCCAACCUGCUUGUACCUGGCAUCAAAAGCAGAAGAAAGCACAGUGCAGGCUAGGUUGCUUGUAUUUUACAUUAAAAAAUUAUAUUCUGAUGACAAGUACCGAUUUGAGAUCAAGGACAUACUUGAAAUGGAAAUGAAGAUUUUGGAGGCACUUAACUAUUACUUGGUUGUUUUCCACCCUUAUCGUUCAUUGUCUCAGUUGCUCCAGGAUGCUGGGUUGAAUGAUAUCAGCAUGACUCAAAUAACAUGGGGACUUAUAAAUGACACCUACAAGAUGGACCUAAUUCUUGUGCAUCCUCCACAUCUGAUUGCUUUAGCAUGCUUAUACAUUGCUAGUGUGCUCAGGGAGAAAGACACCACUGCUUGGUUUGAAGAACUUCGUGUUGAUAUGAAUGUGGUGAAAAAUAUAUCAAUGGAGAUUCUUGAUUUCUAUGAAAGCAAUCGAAUGUUCACAGACGAGAGGAUCAAUGCUGCUCUCAACAAGCUGGGCUCCAGGUCUUAAAAGCUGUGUCUUCUUUAGUUGAGUUAUUAAUAAUAAAUCAUGUGGAAGGAAAAUCUAAUCCCAGAGCUAUGCACAAUUCUUUGCCAUAGCUUCCUCUACAUAAAAGGUCAUCUUCUAGUGAACUUUCAAGGGCAUGUUAUGCUUUAGAACAUUCUCUGAAAGUCAUCACUAGUGAGCUCAAAAUGAUUAAAUGUGAGACCACAGAUUACUGGAUUGGUUUUAACUUGUAGAAAGCCAGAAAUAGAAUGUCAGUGAUCUGUGACUUUCAUUUCAUUCAAGCUGAAGCGUGUUGUUUUGUUAGAGAAUUAUAUGUGGGAUCUUAUGUAUUGCAUGAAGUUAAAGGAAUGAAUAGACUAUUUUAUAAUUUUUGAACA